UUCUUCUUUUGAAGGUUUAACGGUGUGCUGGAAGCUUGCGAUUUGUCGACACAUGUAGAAAUUUGUGUAAAUUUGGGUUGUUUCCCAACUGUAAAGGCCUGACUUUUGACUCAGUCAUGGCAAAUAUCUUUGUUAAUGUGGAGGCAGACAUUGCUGAUGAUUUGGUGGGCAGAUUCUGCCAAGAUUUUGAUUUUGAUGCGAUGUUGAGAAAGGUUUGUGAAGACGCAGGCGUCGUCGUCGUUGUAAACAAUGUUGGUGCAGGGGCUUACAAGUUGGGAAGAUACCGUCUCAAGGGCUUGUGGCUGUCCAUGGAGAAGGCUUACAAGCACCUGGUGACUGCCUUAGCCUUGUACGGAUCCAGACAUCCAGAUGCUGGGACAGAAAGCUACCAGCAGUCCAACUCUGGUCAGUACGGGGAACCCAUCGACUACGACCAAGGGCCGAUGGAAAAUUACGAGUCCUUGAACGACCGCGACUACAUCCCAGCUGUAACGAACAUCCUGCAGGAUAUUCUCACGGGCUCGGAGAGGAAGAAGCAGCGUCGGCCAAGGAAGUCUGCCAGGCAGAGCAGGAAACUGGAGGAGCAGGAAGUUGAGAGAAGCGCCAGUGAGGACGAGAGCUACGAGGAUCACGUGCCGUUGACGUCAGACGUGAGAGGAGCUGAGAAGGAGGCGGCGGGGGAGGCAAAACCCACCUCUCACGAUGAAAUGACGGAAUCUAUCGCUCAAGAAAAUGUGGCACCAGAUACGGAUAGAGGCGAGGAUGUUCAGGACUGUUCUCUUGACAAUGAUGAGCUAAGACAAAAUAAACGGGGUCGUCCUCGAAAAAGUGAGCUAUCGAUGCAGCCUGAUAAGAAAACAGGGUUAGGGCCAUCCAGAAUUGGAAAAAAGAGAGGCCCUUAUAAGAAAACCAGAGUUGUUGUGCCAAUAUCAGAAGUCGGAGCUGGAGAUUUACCUACCGUCAAAAAACGAGGACGACCAAAAGUUUUCGAGAAUGAAGGUGAUAUGGAAUAUCCUUGUCCGGACUGCAGCUUUGUGGCCAAGAAAAGGACUAAACUGAGGAGCCAUCAGCUUCGCAUGCACCUCUCGUCGCCCACCAAGUGUGAUAUUUGUUCCAAAGUGUUCCCUAACAAGCGGUACAUGCUGCGCCACCGAGCGUCGCACGUCGAGCCCCAGCAUUGCUGUGACGUGUGCGGCAAGAUGUACAAGAUCAGGAAAGCUAUGCUGGAGCACAGAAGGACUCACGACUCAGCCUAUAAGAAACCUAAGUUUAAGUGCGACCAGUGUCCGAAGACGUUUUGCAAUCGUUACAUUCUGGAAUGCCAUGUGAGAGACAUUCAUCUCGGUCAGAAAAAGAGUUAUCUUUGUUCAGUGUGUGGGAAAAGCUUCACGACGAAGCAUUCACUGAAGGAGCAUUCCGAUGCACACACGGGUGUGAAGCCGCAUGUGUGUGAGAUUUGUGGGAAGUCGUUUUCCUAUGAGUCUGCCCUCCGUGAUCACCGAUUCACACACACGGACUCCAAGCAGUUUUGGUGCCAGCACUGUGAGAAAGGUUUCAGUCAACGGUCGGGUCUGAAGAUGCACAUGAGGAUCCACAAACAAAACAAAAUGUUCACCUGCUCGGAGUGUGGGCGGGGCUUCACGCAGAAGCAAGCCCUCCAGAGGCAUGAGCGAGUUCACAAGGGAGAGAAACCUUUCAUAUGUAAACACUGUGGGCGAUUCUUUACCGAUGCUUCUAUUAUUCGAAGACACCUUAUUCUUGUGCAUAAAAUCAAAAAGACUGCAAAAGACUGGCGAGAGGACAUUGUUUGCACGGUGAAAUCGACAAAUGAGUACCACGUGCAGAAAAUUGGUGAGGAAGACGGUGCUGUUUCAGAAGCAGAAAAGGCAAAAGAAGAAAUUCUCAAGGUAGUUGGAGUGCAGCCAAGGCCCAAUAGCAAUAAGGGGCCAAGUCGUGCGUUUGCCAGGACGUAUCCACGAAGGGUUGCCAUUUUAGACGACGAGGGCAAUGUGUUAGCGCCCCCAGAGGCCCCGCCUAUUUCUGCCUCACGCCGCUCGAAAGGCAGCGGGGCGGAAUCCACGUCUGUGGCAGGAAGGAAGAAGGCGACAGUUGUGGGUGCGGCCAGCGGUUCCAACCCUCCUAUUCUGCUGAGCACAAAUGAAGGCAGCUCCGACUUAGACUCCACGUCUCAGGUGCUGAGUCAGCGCUUCAUGGACACCACGCAGUGGGACGCCCUGGCCACGCAGCUUCGCUCGGGGAACGCCACUCACAUCGAACACAUCAUCCUGGACGACUCGACGCAACACGAGAUCCAGCGAGGCAUGGAGCAGGUGCCCAGCUUACACAAGAUCAUCAAGUACGAGAACAUGCAAACGAUCGCCGGCCUGCCCGCGUCCAACAACGCGCACAUCUUGUCUCAAGGUCACAGCCAGGCGGGUCAGAGCCCCAGCUCCAGCCCGGUGGCGUUUGUCACACAGACGGCGUCGAACCCUCGCCCGAUGGACGCCCAGUUUGACUCGCUGACGCCCCAGGUGGCCCACACGGGCGGCCAGUUCUACGACGGCCGACCCUCGGCCCACGCUGCCAGCACGGCCCAGUGGUCCUCCAUGUUCUACUACUCGCACCUGGCCAGCCAGUUCGGCAUGAGCAUCAACCCGGACUACACGUACGUCAGUGGUGGCCCGGGGACCAGCGGGACCUCCUCACACCUCGCCCCGUAUGUUGGACAUUCCUCGGCCGACGCCCACGCAGCCACCGCGACGGCUCUCAUUCUGCACAGCCAGCCGCACGGCUUGCCACACAUAGACAGCCCCAACCCCGACCCCACAGGGGUCUCGGAGGAUACCUCGUCUCACCAUGGCAACCAGGCAAGCCUUGCGUCGACUGUCACAAAUCCAGGCCACUCGGUUACGGAGUCGGAUACCGUUGCCCUUCAUCCGAACUCCGAGGUGAUUCAGAUCCGACACAUAGCGGGAGAUCUGAAGAUGAGCAACUCCCCGGACACAAGCCAGGCCCUCCAACAGACAGACAUGAUCCUCCCACAGGACCUGCCCCCGAUAGUGGACGCCCACCACCAGGAAGGUUCGAACCACGGCCUCUCGGAGGAGGUCCGCCACCACAUGAGCACCAUGGAACACGUCGGGGUCAGUCUCGGAGAUCAGCAGAACAUGAUGGUCGGCCCGCUAGAACUGCCCGUCUCAGCCCCGCCCACCGCCACCAACACACCGUCGCCCAGCAAACAGUCUCCCACCCGCAUUCCGGAGCUCGGCCCCACGGCCAGUUUGUCUAGUGCCGUGACUCUCAAGCAAGAAGGAACGUUGUGAGUUUGUGAGGGAAUAUUAGAACGAGGUUUUUAAAAUAAAAAUACAACCAAAAUGCGAGGACCCAAUUAAAAGGCAGUAACUCUGUCAUUUUUUGCAGCAGUGGUGCGAUUCUCACAAAGGAUCCGGUGUUGAAAA